AUGAGCCGCCACUCCUCCCUUCUACGUUUGGUCGCGAAUAAUUCCAAGGCAUCUGGAAAAGGGACAUACAAUCUCCACAUCCCCUGCUAUGUGAAACCAAACGCAUCUGCCCAGCGAGCAGGAAUCACAGCAGUGGGGACUACCAGAGUUGACGUGUCGGUGGCCGCGGUUCCCCGCGACGGAGCUGCUAAUUUGGCCGUUUCACAGGUCAUUGCAGAGGUCUUUAAAGUCCCCAAAUCCACUGUUGCGGUGAUCCGCGGGGCCAAGGCCCGCGAAAAGACGUUGUGCAUUGCAGAUCUAGUCAUUGGCGAUGAGACCGAUGAUGUAUUUCUUCAGCGAGCAAUGCAGAAACUUAUCGGUGCGGCUGAAAGUAAAUAG